GGUUCAAAAAAUGUCUGGCAUCAUAAAGUUAAGCCUUACUAUUUUGAUUAUCUGCACAUUGUUGAUAAUCUAUUACAUUGAGGCUGAUCGAGAAUACAUAUUGCCUUCUCGAGAAUAUUUGGUCAAAGGUCACUUUUUGGUCGACUCCGAUGAAUGUAAAAUCAUAAACCUUCAUCCUUUCAAUGAUGAAUCAAUGAAAUUUUACAAUCCGGUGGAUUAUAUACCUUGCAGGGAGCUGGAUCUAUUAACUUACGUUACUAAGGAACGAAAUGUUGCUGAACUCCACAUUAACCAAACAUUAAUCCCGUUGUAUUCUGAAUAUGAAGUCAAAUGUUGCUACUCAUAUGUGACAAGAAAUCCGGAAAAAGGCGACAAUGGUUUAGAGAUGUCUGAAUGUGAAUAUUUCUCAGAUAAAGUGCAAUUAGACGGUGAUAUAGUAACCGUUAAAUGUCAAGACUCUUUCUCAAUGCUCAUCUACGAAAAUACCCACUCUCCAGUUAUGAUCACAGAAGAAAUUCAAACUAAGCUCAACAACAAAAAAGAAUCUGCCAUCAGCUUGACUUUGAUAGGAAUCGAUAGUAUUUCAAGGUUGAACUUCAUUAGAGUGAUGCCAAAAACAUUCAACUUUGUCGAAACUAACGAUUUUUACUCGUUAAAAGGCUACAAUAAAAUAGGCGAUAACACUUAUCCAAAUGUGAUGGCUCUUUUAACUGGCAUGACAGAAAAACAGGCUGAACAACAGUGCAAUUCUUCAAAGUCAGGAAAAUUGGAUAGUUGUCCGAUGUUGUGGUAUGACUUCAGAAAUUUUGGGCAUAUCACUGCCUAUGCUGAAGAUGAUCCCACCAUUGGGACGUUCAAUUAUGGCAGGAAGGGUUUUUCACACAGUCCUACUGAUUAUUACUUUCGUACCUAUAUGCUGGCAUCGGAAAGGCUUCGGACGAAACAGAUCGAUUUUCUUACCUACUGCGUUGGUCCUGAAUCAUCUGGAGAAAAGAUCAUGAAUAUAGUUAAAGACUUCGAGUACACCUUCAAAAAUGCUCCAACUUUCGGUUUUUACUGGAUGAACACUUUCAGUCACAACAAUCUAAACAUGCCUUCCAGUGUGGACGAUAAUAUCACAAAUUUCCUGCAAGACCUACAACAAAGUGGACACUUUAACAAGAGUAUAGUUGUUUUUCUCAGUGAUCACGGUAUGAGAUUUGGCAGUAUUAGAAACACCCACACAGGUUGGAUGGAGGAACGAUUACCGUAUAUUUAUUUCUCAUUCCCACCUACGUUCAAAGAAAAGUUCCCUGUCGAAUACAACAAUUUUUUGUCUAACGAAUACAAAUUAACUAGUCCGUUUGACUUGUACAUGACGUUGCAACACUUGUUAGUACUAUCGGGUUACAAUUAUACGAUGAAACCUAGUAUCGGUUGUCAUAAAUGCAAGAGUCUGUUUGAAGAGAUCCCUUCUAAAAGAUCUUGCAGUGAAUCGGGAAUACCUGAUAAUUAUUGUACUUGCAGCAACUACAACCCUGUACAGUUAGACGAAGACAUCCAAACAAAAAUCUCUCAAUUCUUGACACAAAAUUUGAAGCACAUCACGGAUAAAGAUUCUCAGUGCGAAACAUACACAUUGGACAAAAUUCUCUCUGCUGAUGUUUCUAAUGUAGUUCCAAAAACUAGAAGAAGGUAUUAUGUGGUACGAUUUUCAACAAUACCUAAAGCGCAAUUCGAAGGGACCUUUUACCAAAGUGAUACAAAAUUUGUGAUCUCCGGCGAUUUUAGUCGAUUAGACAGUUAUGGUAACAAAAGUAGUUGUGUCGAAGAAGCUUAUCUAAAAAAGUUCUGCUAUUGCAAACCUUUAAAUGCUACUACAGAUAGUCAUGAUGCAAUUUCACUUUUGACUAGUGAUAUUAAAGAGUGAAUAAUCUGUGAUAAACAAUGUCUCAUCAAAUUAAAGCAAUUUUUCAGUAAACUACUUUUUAUUUACUACAAUCACAGUACAUUAUUACGUUUAAAAUGACACUAAAAAGCAUC